AUGGAAGAUUAUUAUAAUAAAAAUAAGGUAAAAAGUAGAAGUUGGUCUCCGGUCGAAUCUAAAUUACUUCAAACUGCAAUUGCAACACAUGGGAAAGAUUGGAAACUCAUUUCUGAAAAUUAUUUUAAAAAUUCAAGAUCUCCACAAGUCAUAUGUAAAAAAUGGCAUGAUAUUUAUAGAAAGAAUGAGAAUAUUUCGAUGGAUGAAUAUUUAAUUAAACGUUAUACUAAAUGGACUCUUGAAGAAUUAAGAUCACUUCAUCAAGCAGUCAUCAAACAUGGAAAAGAUUGGAAUUACAUUUCUUUUAAUUCUGGCAGAACUCCAAAAGUUUUGGCUAGAAAAUGGAGUCUCAUUUCAAAUAAUAAAAUUGAUAUUUGGAAAGAAGAUAAAAUUGAAAAGAAAAAACCUAGAACUUAUCGUAAAUGGACUCAUUCAGAAAUAGAAAUGCUUGAAAAUGCAGUCAAGUUGCAUGGAAAAGAAUGGAAAUUGAUUUCUCAAAAAUAUUUUAAUAAUAUUAGAACUCCAUCAGUUUUAAGUAAUAAAUGGGCGUAUAUUUCAAGAGACAAAACUGAUUAUUAUAAUACAUGGACACAAGUAGAAGAUCAAAUACUUAGAGAAAAUGUCGAGAAAUUUGGAUCAAAAUGGUCACAAAUAUGUCAAUUUCUUGAAAAUAGAACACCGGCCCAAGUGUGUUUAAGAUGGUAUUACAUAAAUAGAUCGAAACGAGGAUUUUGGACUGAUCAGGAAAAUUCAAAAUUAUUAUCGUUAGUAGAAAAAUAUGGACACAGAUGGACAUAUAUAAGUGAAGUUAUGGGAAGACCAACAAAUGGUAUUCAUUCACAUUAUCAAUUUCUUAUAUCCAAAGUAUGGAGUAAAGAAGAAAAGAAGAAGUUAUUUGAAGCUAUUCAAAAGUAUGGAUAUGAUUGGGAUAAGAUUAUGAAAAUUUUUCCUGAUAGAAGUUUAAUAGAAAUUAAAUCAGUUCAUAAAUGGAAUCCAUCAACGAAUCCAUACGUGAAUUUAGGUUCUUGGUCAGAAGAGGAAAGAAAUAAAAUGAAACAGGCAUUUGCGAUUCAUGGAAGAAAAUGGAAAAACGUUGCUAAAGAAGUUGGAACAAGAACUAAUGUUCAAUGUAGAUAUUUUUAUGAUUAUCAAGUUAAAAAAUCAGAUAGAAUAGAAAAAUUAAAGAAAAAACAUUCGAAGGUAAUCAAAGAAUAA